UGAAACUGUCAGAGAAAACCUGGGGAAGUUCUUGGUAAUGUGGAGGUUUUGAGGGACAGGAUGGCAGUUUUUACCCCACCCCUCUUGUAUACACACCCACACCAGCUCGGACAUAAAAGGCCACAUCUAGGCCAACGACUUCACUCACCGGCUCAGAAAGUUGCCUCAGCUGCUUCCUGGUAUCGUCACUGACGUUGGACAUGUUCUUUGUUGUCCUCUGCUGCCUCUAUAUAGCAAGAUCUCUGAAUGCAGAGACGUUGUCUGAAAAGGACACCACAAAAGUCCUUUUGAAAGGUUCUGAUGUCCAGAAAUUGGAUGCUGCAACUUCACCUCUACCAGAGGCUACAUUGGCCCCCCCAUUAGGCUCUGAAGAUCCUGUACAGGCUCAGAAUAUCACCACCCAGGCUGCCAAGCAGAAAAUCACAGGUGCCUCACUGAAGUCCUGGUCCAUCAGCAUCCCUCUGAGCUUGUCUCCAGACUCUGUGGAUGACAUGUAUUAUGGUUGCUCCCAGAAGAUGCUCAUCAAAGUGCAACAACACUACCUCCCUCGAAGCACCAGGGAAGCGCUGCACACCACAUACACAAAAUUAUGUGCCAUUAAAGCCAUGAAAACUAAGGACAUCUAUGACCCUCUGUCCUGGAAUCACUUCAGGGCUCUGUGUGCCUACACAGCAGGGUCCUAUGAUGAGUUAAACCGAGCCGUCCGCAAAGGGAAGGCCUCCUACAAGACCUCGUUUGAGUUCCACGCCCUCCACUUCCUGCUGUCUGAUGCCAUUCGGCUCCUGAAACUCAACCAAAGGAGCUGCUACACUACCUACCGGAGAAGCAAACUGCUCUUCACCGGGGAAGCUGGACAGACCAUCCGCUUCGGCUCCUUUGCCUCCAGCUCCUUGACCAAGAACCUGCGCCACUUUGGACAGAGGACCUGCUUUGAGAUCCACACGUGUUUUGGUGCCCACCUCAAGUCCUACUCUGAGUUUGACUCUGACGAGGAUGAAGUACUGAUUCCUCCAUAUGAAAUGUUCAGCAUCGUCUCUGUUGAUGUGUCAGGAGAGAACGACUUGGACUGUGAUGUCGUCUACAAGCUUGAGACCGCUGGGGUUUACAGCAGCCUCAACUGCCAGGCUGUGAACCUUUAAAGCUCUUCAGUCUUCAGGGCUUUAGUUUUAACAGUAUCAUUUGUUACUUUGAUACACUAGUCAGUUUUGCUAUACUUCAUUGUCUUAAAUGUAUUUAAAACCAGUUGACAGUUUCCUCUUGAGCUGGAAGCAGUAGCUGAUGAAACAAUCACACCACAGAGUCCAUUCAGUUGUGACAGACUCCUUUGUCAUGUACCUUUUUGUUUUUUUUAAUUGAAGCACAAAUUAUAGACUACUGUGAAUAAAACAAUUCAGGACUACUAAAAUUGUAAGUUACAUGUAUUUGUGUUUAUUUGCUCAUGCCCCUUUGUUCUUUAAAACCACGAGUCAGUCGGCCUGUGAAUUCCUCUAACAGGAAAGUAGCAAAGUUAGAGGAAAAUAAUGCUAAGUCUGAGAAACAAUCUGUUUUUGACACUGUAGGCACAUUUACUGAAAAGCCAACUGAUACUAGCUACUUUCUCUUCAUGGCCUAUGACUACGUACAACUAGAUUAUACUAAAACUCUACGAGAGAAAACUUUGAUAUCUCAGGGACCUACUCAAAUCCAUUUAAUACACAAGUCACUCCAUAAAUAAGCAUAGGCAUAGCAUCAGAGUAGAAUAUCCCUGGUUUCUACCUGUACAAAAAUCUAGAAAUGCAAACAUGUCCAGGAUGAUUUUAGGAAUGCAUCUACAAAAGGGGACUAGAGGGCAAUGCACGCUGGGGACGUCACCUAACACCUGUAACACACUCUGGGAGCGGUGCAAAUUGCAGGACUACCAAAAUGGCUGAGUAUUUCAGUAUUUCGUUACUGCGACGUAUCAAUGCCAGGCAAAUAGGACAAUAGCGAAUCCUUGAUGUGAGCUUUGUGAUUGCAACCUAUAAAAUACCUUCCAGUCUCAAUAUAACAAAAAAAAAAGUCAGUUUGUAUUGCUACCUUAAUUUUCUGCUAACACUUCAGUUUGUUUUUAUAAAAAAAAAAAA